GAGUCGUUCCGCGCGUUUCAGACGUACGUCAAGACAUACGGAGAACCACAACGACUGCCAUAUGUCUCGCAAUACACACCACAACAGCUGUAUUUCCUCUCAUACGCGUCCAUGUGGUGCAAUAAUAUCCGACCGGAAGAGUUGAGAAAACAAAUUGAGAUGUACUCGACCACGCCCUACAAAUACCGGGUUAAUAUUGCCUUAUCUAACUUUCAGUCCUUUUCCGAUGUCUUCAAGUGUGGACCCCAUUCUCCGAUGAAUAUGACAGACAAAUGUGUUUUUGGUGAUAGUAAUUAG